GAAAAUCCAUCAGCUUCGAUAGUUACGGAUUUGGUGACUGUCGAGGCUCAAGCCGCUUGUUUUGUGCUUAUCAGUAAAAACCCGUGCUUCUCGUGAAGCUUCGAGGAACAAGCAGACGUGGCGAAGGGUGGUGGAGGGAAUAGCAUACAGGAUAGGGGAGGUGGUCUUGCUAAAUAAUGGUGUGUCAUGAGGCGGGAGGAGGCAGGCCAUUCACCCCCUGCCCCACAUACCUCACCUCCUUCACACCUCUCCUCUAUGCCCACAGCCACCCCAGCAUGUUGUGUGCCAAAUGGGCCCAAAGAUCAGAAUUACUCAUCAUUCCAGAGUUAUACGAGUCCCAUGACAUCAUCGAUGGCCGCGGCAGCUGCUGCACCUGACCCGUAUAUGUCCUCUUAUUACAUGACCUCCACCCCUUACCAGGCAUUUGGAGUUGGUGAUGGCACUUGGAGCAAUGGAGGUGACCAUAUGCAAACUUUUCUCGGAGGAUAUGGUGGACAAAUGGGAUAUGACUCACACAGUGCUAUUGAUGGCAUGUUUGGUAGCGGCAGUUUUGGUGGAUUCAACCCUCCCGGCUUUAACUACGGAUUUCAUGGGAAUGGUGACUACAGCGCUUGGGGAGGAUCUGAUGUACGAGGGGGAAACAAACCUUAUGAUGACUACUACCAGCGGGACACCCUCUAUGCUGAUGACCGUGUGAAAGCUCUUGACCAGGGUGUUCAAGGACUUACUAUUACUGAUCCCAAGACUGGUCAAGACCUCCCUAGAGAGGCUGGAUCAGGAAUUGGAAAAAAUGGGGCUACCAAUGGAAACUCUGGAGUUGAGGUUAAAUCCAAUGGAGGGAGUAGUCCUGGUGGGGAUGCAUCAGUUGGCCUGGGUCAAACUAAAAAGGGUAUGUCCUGGGCUAGCAUUGCAUCUCAGCCAGCUAAGCCCCAGCCAAAGGGACGCCGUGAUAAAACAUCCAUGUCUUCUAUUGUGCCUGGUCGCCAUAUGGACAUUGGGACAUGGGAGGGCAAGAAUGGAAGUGGACCAAAACCAGUUGCUCCACCACCAGUGCCACGGCCAGCCUGGGAGGCUCCAAGGGGAGGGUCUCGUUCCACCACCUCCACAUCAUACUCUACACCACCACCCCGAACCCCACCCCAGGUGCCUCCUCCCCAGCAGGUACAGCAACCAGGACCACAACAGCAGGGUGUUCCACAGCAAGAGAAUCCUUCAAUGCAGACAAUACAGACAUCUCCCCAGCAGCACCAGCAGCACCAGCAGAACCCACACCAGCAGCAUAUUCAUCAACAGCAUGUGCAUCAGCAACACUUGCACCAGCAGCAGCAGCAGCAGCAGCAUCCUCAGUUGCAGCAGCAGUUGCCAUCACCACCCCAGCAGCAGCAACAACAGCAGCAGCAGCAGCAACAGCAACAGCAGCAGCAACAGCAGCAGCAACAACAGCAGCAGAACCCUCCACCCCCAUUACUUCAGAGUGGGGCCAUGCAUGCUCCUAUGGAGCUGCCACCCUCUCCCCAGAGUGGCCCCCCUGUGCCAGUGUCGCAGCGCCCUCCCCUGGCUCAUGUUCCGGGUCAGAUCCCACAAGAGCUGCAGCCAGAUAACCCAACUCUUGAGGGACUUCGUAUGCGUAAUGACUACAACCCAAAGGACUUUGACCUUAAUGCUAAAAAUUCCCGUUUCUUUGUGAUUAAAUCAUAUUCUGAGGAUGACAUUCAUCGUUCUAUCAAAUAUGAAAUUUGGUGCUCAACAGAACAUGGUAAUAAGCGAUUAGAUGCUGCAUUCCGUGAACGAGAAGGCAAGGGUCCUGUGUACCUUUUCUUCUCAGUGAAUGGAUCAGGGCAUUUUUGUGGUUUGGCUCAGAUGACUUCAAUAGUGGACUACAAUUCUUCAUCAUCAGUGUGGGCUCAAGAUAAAUGGAAAGGACAGUUUCGUGUCAAGUGGAUUUAUGUAAAGGAUGUUCCUAACAAUCAACUGCGCCACAUACGACUGGAGAACAAUGAAAACAAGCCUGUCACCAACUCGCGUGAUACACAAGAGGUGCCCUAUGAGAAGGGCAAACAGGUGCUGAAGAUUAUCAACCAAUAUCGUCACACUACUUCCAUAUUUGAUGACUUCUCUCAUUACGAGAAACGUCAGGAAGAGACAGAAACCCGGAGGCAUCCAGGAAAUUCAUAUAAGGAAAUGGAUCGGGAUGACCGCAGAGGUGACCACCGUGACCAUCGAGACCACCCAAGAGACCACCGUGAUCAUCGGGACAGCAGAGACCACUAUCAUCGUGAUCACAGGGAUCAGCGUGACCAUCGUGACCACCACCGUGGAGGAAUGGGUGGUGGCAGGGGCCGAGGAGGGCACCAUCACCCUCAUCACCGUGGUGGAAUGCGCAAUUAAGUAGAAAAAGCUGGUUCAAAGUGAAUACCAAUUCAUUCUUGGGGUAGAGUUUGUCAGACUAUAAUCUAAAGCACAUUAUUGUGGUGGAUGAACUUCACUAGAAAUUCCACAAUACAUUAUGGACCAUUGGCUUAUUUGAAAGACAUGUAGGGCAGUCUUACUGGAAAGUUAUGUUUUUAAGAGACUAAGCUGACAUGUGUUAAACAGUGAAUGGGCUGCUGUUCUGGAUUCUACGAACUAAGUGACUGCUUGGUGGAUAAUGGACCAAAGAGGCUUGGUAGCAUCCACCUCAAGCCUCAUGGAAACUAGUGGUUAUGGUGUAAUCAGAAACCGUAAUGCUUCAUACAACACAUAAUUUGCCCUACUGUCCAGCCAAUAGUACUGCUCUGCAAUUGUGAGAAGUGUAGCAGUGCACUGAAACACUGUUUUCGUCCACUGAUCAAGUUUAGACAGGCACCCAUUAGCACCAAACUACACCAGCCUGUUUGUCAGCUUCAGUGAUAUCACAAAAUGAUGAUUCUUGUCACGAAAGAUUUUUUUCCAGAACACUUGGCAUCAAGAACUGCAAAGAACAUGCCAUUGUCAUUGUUAUCUUUUUAUUUUUCACUGUUGUGGUUAGGGGAAAGGAACACAAUCUAUAAAUAUAUAAAUAUAUAUAUUUAAUCUAAUUCUCCUAUAAACGUACAACUGCAACUUAAUUUGGAGGGCCUGAUGACUGACAGACCCACAUGGGGGACCUGAGAGCUACCAAGCAAAAUACAAAAAUUGGGGCCUCCAACAGCCUCAUUCAGUCAUGUAACAAUUGAACAACAAUAAUUUCUGCCUGUGAUUGGAUACUAUAAAAAGUGUUAUUUUUAUUCACCCAUUUACAGAGAAGUUGGAAAGUGUACAGUGAAAGUAGUGUGUGUGAUGAUAUUCUUCAAGACAUGGGCUUGGAAAACCAAUUUGUGAAGAGGACAGGCAAUGGACUACUUUUGAAGAUUAGUAUCAUUGGCUUGGGGCUUUAGAGGAAAGUGAUGGAAAAAAGUGAAAAGUACUUUGGUGUUUAUUUCUUAGUGCCUGAGAGUAUGGUAUUGUGUAGUUUAAAAGUGAUAUUGUAAAUGAUAUUGAAUAUAGUAAAACCUUGAACCACCUCAGA